ACUCCAGGCAAAAGGGUCUCAAAAGGCUCUUUUGCAUUUCCCACUUUGGCUUCAUCCAGUGCUAAAAAAUGAGCCCGUUUAAGCAUAACUCACAGUUAUCUCUUUCAGCUCGUCUGUAAAAUGUUAAUGUGAUGUGUUCCCGUUUAAAGAUCCCUUUGCACUGCGAGAGACACGUGAAGCGGUCUCUACAGACAGGAGCGCGCCCGAAUUAACCUAACGUGGAAGAAGGAGGAAUACGAGGGACCUUUGGAAAAGGCAGGGUGAAACCCACCCCGGUGCCGGAGAGCCCACUGGCUGUGUGGGCAUGGUCGGCGACGGGCGACACCGUCCACCCUGGCGCCAGAGAGAGCUCCUCGGUUCGAUCCUCCGAACCAGGCAAGAUGUGACUCACUCAGUUUUGCUCGCAAAGAAGGAGGACCAUCUGCUAGUCAUGAGCAGAUGACAAAUUCACUGCAUUGCGUCUUGUCGCUACUUCCAAAUUUGUAACGGGCAGUCCCCACCGAGAGCACACCUCAAGACCGGCAGCCUUGGAAUGGGAACUCUCCGAUCCCCCUCCACCGCGGGCUGAGCCCCUGAAGAUGCCCCGCAGCAUCCCACCCGUCUUGGGUCGUGCUGAGUCCAUCCAUCACCAGAUCCUAAAGCCGUUUAGGGCACGAGUUAUGUCCUCCUGCCGUGUCAGGGGCAAAGAAGCUACGCAGCACAGAAGCAAGGGUUUCAGCACCAUCAAAAGCCUCUGCGGCUCAAGCAGGUCAGCCCAAAACUCGAUGUCUGCUUGAAGAGAUGAGCAGGGACGUUUUGGGGAGCUUUGCUAACACACUCGGCUUUCUCCAAGUUGCUUGGAAGGAUUGCGCUUAUGGGAAUGAGAGAAGUGUCCUGGGGACAGAAAAAGAAACAGUUUCAUUUUAGCAGGUUAAUGGUUCCUGGACACUGAAGGGCCUACCACUUGCCAAAACUACUUCUUGCUUUUCUUCUUUCAGCUUUCAUGCUGUUGUAAAUCUAGACAACAUCUUUCCCUGACCAAGGAAAAAACAUUGACCUUUUCUGGUGUUGACAAAAGCAGCAGAAGACAAAUCCAGAUACAAAUAUUUUCAUCCAUUGCCACAGAAACUCCUUGAGACCCAUAUAGCCCUGUCUGGUCAGCUGAAAUGUGAACACAGUCCCUUGGCUGAGAAUGGAUGGAAAACCUUUCUCUCUUUAAUGAGAGUAUUCUUCCACCCAGCACAGGAGGAGAAACAUCUCUAUCCCCAAAACCCUGCUUUGUUUUUUCUUUUAGGUCAGGUUUUGUAUAAGGAAAGCCGUGAAACUUACUCUUAGGACUAGAGGUUGGAGGUGGUGACAAGAAGAGCAGAGCGGUUGGAUUUAAAAGAUAAAUGCCUUUUAAAAGACAUUUUGUUCUGGAUGAGACUUUGAGAGACAACUGAAUGUUUGUAUUCCCAGAAUUAGAACGACUUUUUUUUAUGGCACUGCUACAGUAAUUAAGGUUUAGAGUUCAGUUCAAAACCUGGUACUACCACAACCGGCAUUGGUAAAGAAAAGAGGAUAAAUAAGCUAGUGGUUCUUCCUCCUUCAAAAAAAAAAAAGUCAGGAUUUUCAAAAUUACAGGAAAAUUCAUCAUAAAGCAUUUUUUCAGUUGGCCUCAACAGUCUUUGGAUCCAGUCCUUGGAGACAUUACUACUGCUAGAACAAAAUGGAGUGUCAAGGGAGAAGUGCACCAAAUCUUAUAGCCAUUGUCGAGAAGAACUGUUUUCUCAUCUUCCUGUGAGGUCUCAAUCACAAAAGCUUUUCAGCUUCUUUCAGUGGCUGAAGCCCUUUUUCUGUAAUCUCCAGUUGUGCCUGUAUUACAGGUUAGGGGAGUGGUGGGAUAGGCUUGUGUUAGGAGACGGGGAGCAGAUGCAGCUACAUCACUGGGAGAGGAGAAGGCUGAGGGAGAUGCCAGCUCAAGUUUUGUUCCAAAUACUUCUCUUCUCUACCACUGAUUGGUAAAUCGUCCUUAGUAUCUCCGUGGACCAGCCCACUACAGAGCUGCAUGGAAAUCUUCUAUGGUAACGCCUUUCCUAGCAGAAAAAAGAGAAAAAAAAAUAAAGGUAAUGGGGUUUUUAAUCUAAGCAGGACAGAUUCAAAGAGAACUAGUUUUGGAAAACAAUUUUUUUAGAGAAAGUCUUCAGAGGUCUCACCUGAACUUUCUGAAAGCAAAUGUUUCGGUUUUUCAGAUUGAUAAGACAAUUUACAGGGUCUUACUUUAUAGUACAUGAAAAAAAUUAGUUUUCAAGGUGGGGUAAGAAUGAGAGAUUGAGUUUUUAUUGUUAAUUAAACAUUGAGAGCAGCUCAAAAAGGGGGUUUUAGAGCGUUUUGGGGGAAUUUGGUUUGGCCUCAGGAAAUCUGGGAAAAAACGGAAUGCCUUUGUUUCCUUCUGAGAAAGAAGGAUUUUUCAAACCCAUUGCUUUCCCUGUAGAGAGAAAUCCAUCUCUCACCCAUCCCUAAUACUCAGGAGCCUGUAUCUUUUGCAAUGGCAGGACUGGAUUUGUGCUGUGGGUGCUUAGUGGGAUCACAGCCAAAGAAAAAGCACUGUGGCUGUCAGGGGAAAAGAAACUUCAGCUCGUGGGUAGGAGUGGGUGAGCCUGAGAAUUACCCAUGCUUGUCUGAAAAUUGGCAGCCUGGUUGGAAAGCAUCCAGGAUCUCCAAGUGCCUGGAGUUUACAGGCCAGCCCAGGAAACAGCCUGCCUUAACAGCCCCGGGACACCCUGGAGGCCUUUUUUGGUUAAGUGCAAACCUUUAGUCACACUCACAGGCCCCACCUUUGAGCAGCAACCCAGUCAUUCUCAAAGAAUGUCUUAAAAAUAAUUAAAUGGCUUUACAUCAUGUUCCAGGAGAUUAAAUUUUUCUGCCUUGCAUUUCUUAAAGCUACCAGCUUAUAAGGUAGCAUGUCAAAGUAACAAAAGGUCAUACGUGGCACUACUUGCUGCCUCCAACAAGGAGGAGUAGCCUGGUACAUUGUAAUCCUUUUUCUUUGCUAACAAGAGAAAAGAAGAUAAAUGCAACAGUCUUGGGUUAGGCUGAGUAGUGUCAAUAGACUUUCUGCAUCUACAAGUUCCCUCUAGUCAUGAAAUGUUAACGCAAAAUGGGCAUUAAAGCACAGCUGAUGUACCCUUUUCCUGAAAAAUAAGUUGUUUUCCUCACAUUCAGCUGCUCAAACAUAUAUAGUGUCCCCUAGUCUCUCUUUAAUACAAGUGCAGAGUGGUGCAUUUGGGAUCGCUUUACCUCCUGGUAAGUUGUGGAUGUCUUCCAAACAUAUGUUGAACAUAAAAAGUAUGUCCUCCUCAGGUGGAAUUUGGAGAGUCCCUUCAUUUCUCCAGUACUUGUAAAAACAAACAAGCAAACAAAGAAGUAAAACCAGUUUAAAAGUGAGGAAAGGCUCUAAAUAAUGCCACUGUGUUAUCACCUGCUGAGGUUCGAAGGGUUGUUUCGUUUAUCUUUUCAGUUUUUUUUUUACUUUCAUGAGGUUUAAAUGUCCAUAUUUUAAGACUAUCUGUGGCAGAGAAAAGAAAAAAAAGACCAUCAUGAGCUACAGGCAGACACAGGUCCUGUAAUAACGCACUGCAAAUAAACACCUCAAUCUCACAGAGAGAUCUUUGUGUUAUUCCAUUGCUACAAGAUUCUUUUUUUGCAAUGCUUUUCAAAUCAGCUUAAUUAUGAUUCUCAGAGGAAUCUCAACUUUCUUUUUGCAUCAUGAUAACAAAAAAUGUAGGUGCCAUUUUUGAGCACUAUUCCACAUUACAACCCCAUGUCUUGUUCCAGUUCCUGGCACCCCCAACCACAGUACAGAUGUGGCUCUGAUAACCCCUCCUGGGCAAGCUGCUGGUCUCCUCAUGUGGAGAAAGGACAUAGAGAGGAAUACAUAGCUUAGGAUAACUGAAAAAGCUUUUCCAAAUUUUUCUCUCUCUUUUCAAUUGUUUGAUGAAAACAUCAUGGAGGAGGAAAUAGGUGAAAAGAGAAAAUGAUGGUCUAUGGGCUUUGUGCCAGACUCAGAAUAUGAAGGAUGGAAAAGGAAAAAGAGACAAAAGAAAUGGUAGGGAUAGUAUGAAAAUGAAUGAGAGAGGGAAAACGGCCACGAUAUACAGAAAGAAAGCAAGAGGCAAAGUGGCUGAGAAAAGAGGGAGAAGACAAUUUGAAGGAAACAUGCGAGGCUGCAAAAUAGUAGCUGUACUUCUCUAGUGGAAAAUAGUCAUUAUGGGGCACACAUAAGCGAAUAUAACAUUAAAAAUUACACAAUAGCAGAUAAGUAAAGGCUGUGGGUAGGUCUGGAUAGUUCUCCUCCAAAUAAGGCAGCUGAAAGUCAGCAUUCCCUUAUUGCAGCUAUUGUGAAGCUAAAGUUCACUUGUACUGAAAUGUUUCCUUACUUUGUAUCAUAGCUUGAUAAGUGAUUUGUUCCACUGGGAGAAAACCUUUUAUCACCGUGGCCCAUGUGUGUUUUGUUGGCACGGUAUCUGAAGUGCAAUUAUUCAAUAUACUUUUUUAGCUGGUGGGUAUUUGUUUGAAUUUUUAACAAAGGCGGGGUAAAACAGUGUUUUUCAAAAAUUCUGGUUUGCACUUUCUCAGCUCUUCUUUUGUUCCUUUUUCUGUCUGUCUACAGCCAAAUCCACUCCCUGAAGCACUGAGGCACCGCAACCCUUAAACCAAAAAUCCUUUGAGUGCUUGUAAAUGCCCUGCUCACCCACAGGCACACCAGUUCCACCAGUGACCAUUCCCACUGUCGUUGUGCUGAUGGGCUCUGGGAGGCCAAGCACAGUCCACUUCUGAUUUGAACAAGGUACCACUGCAGGGAUUACACACCAAACCCCAGUGCCAGAGCUGCAGCAGGGCUCCUGGUUCUCCCAGUGCUAGUGCAGCCACUGCUUGGUGACAGCUUUUACAACACUCUCACACUUGUUAAAUUCCUCCUCUCCUUGAUUUCAUAUGCUGAACAGUAGCCAAAGCCAUAAUCUGUGAUCCUUCUACCUCCCAAGAAUCUUGUAGCCAUACGGUUUAAUGAACAGGUGUCCUGUUACAAUGACAGUGACCUGGAAGUGACAAAGAACUUUUCCAAAAUGUGCCAUGUAAACAUCAUGGUUUUUUAUAAGAUGGCUUUUUUUUUUUUCCCCCAUUCUCAACCCUAUUUACACAAUAACCUUUAUUUUACUGGACUUUUUUCUCUUCAGUUCUUGAAUAAUACAGGUUUUACAUGAAAAUAAAUGUUAGCCCUUGGCUUUGUUCAUGCAGACGUGUAAGCAUCUGUCUAAACUGAAGAGCAUCACAACUUUUUAGCAUAAAGCAUCUGAUUUUUGACCAUUUUGUAAUUGAAAAGUACACAGAAGUUAGGCAAGGCUGGGCAAUAUGUAAAUGUUAUCUACCAAGAGAGGCUGCUACACUGUACAGCUGCUGUAAAUCACAGGCCUGGUAAAAGCUGAUGCUGGGGCUAAGUGUCCUACAUUCAAUAAAGAAACAAUUUUCUUUCUUUGAUGAUGGGUGACCAUCCUCAAGCUGCUGACCACAUAUUGUGAGAUGUGUCCCUAGGGAUUUCUUUGGAGAUAAGGCAUUGGAGUGCUCCUUGGCUGCAGCUCUAUUAAAAUCAGUCAGAGAGUGAAAGUAAGGAAAAAGCAACCAUACAGCAAAAAAAGAGUGUGGCCCUGGGUAGAAAUAGGAACCCAACACUUCUUUUGGUCAGAGAGCUUACUGAAAAGUCCAACCAUCAUUUCUCAACAAGGAAAUGAAUUUGUUGAUUGUUCCCACUGGUCCAGGAAGAAAAACAACGCAGGAUAAAUAAACAGGGUUGCCCAAAAUAAAUAAUUUGUCUCUAAAUAUCAGUGUCAAAACAUCACCCUCAUGGAACUGAACUAGCAUGAUCCCAAUUGUUCUAUCUUCUACUGGGAUGAGGGAAAAACUGCAUGCAGCCAUUGGACAGCACACAGACUUAUAGAUACAAAAACUGGGGAACCAGGACAUGGCAGUGAAGACCUGUCUCUUCUUCAUUUGCAAAAAUCCUCAGUCAGUCUCACUUCUCAAGGUGACCUGUCUUCCCCCUUUCUCUGAGCCACUGGUGUUGCCCUGUUGAGCUGGCUGAAAAACUGAAGGGAAUUUUGCCUAUUUGAAACCAUUUAAAUUUAAAACAAAAAGACUUUCAGAAUUCCUACAAUGCAGAAACUUAAUAACUCUGGCAAUUGCAGGAAAUACUUGGUGCAGUAUUCUGAGAGUUCACUUAAAACGUUCUGUCUUGAUGCAUGGCUUUUCAUUUGUGGAUUGAUUAAAGGCCUGGUCAUGACCAUGGACCACUAGCAAUCCUUCUGAAACCACGAAAUCACGGUGCUGCUCAGCAAGCAGGUUGUAACUCAAAUUUGUACAGACCUGGAGAAGACACAGGAACACAGAUGAGCUACAAUUCCUAUGAAAUCUUGGGGUUUGUCACAUCUUUAUAUAUGCCUGCUGGUCCCUUGCAUAACAACCCUUCUUAUUGAAUGAUUACAUUUUAGAGGUAUGGAAUGGGAAAAGAUCUCUUGAAUCACCCUAAUUCCCCCUCCUGCCACAGAUGACUACAUCCUAGAAGUAUCUUCAAAAACCUGCUUAAACUCCACCUUAAAAACGCUACUUUUUUCUUUAACAUCUUGGCUUAACACAAAUAUUGAAACUCAAGUUCCUGAUAACAUUCUGACUCCAAGCUUUGAACUAACCUUUGAAAGUGCUAUAAGCAGGUUAUUUUCUGCCGUCAGAUGACUUGUUACUCUGCAAUGACAUUUGCCUUUCCUCUGAGUGUGGCACACUGUGAUUAAGAAGUGAGUUGUUUAUCCUCUGUUCAUAAUCGCUUGUAAGGAUCUGAAAUACCUGUUACACACCACCAGCCAUCCCUCCUGUUCUCUGCUACACUGUCAUUUAGCUUUAUGGUCAGUUUAACAUUCUUGAGCCAAAUCUGAAUGCGUAGGACAGCACAGUGCUUAUUCCAGGCACAUUCAGAGAAUGCUGAGGAAGGAUUUUAUGCGCAUCCUUGAAAUCCCAUGGUGCAUUCUCUUAUGAUCCCUCCACCCAGAAGUUUUAGGAAACAGUCAAGUUUCAAGGUCAGGAGUUACCAUCAUGAUCAUCUGCAGUUUUUCAUGCACUCAAUCCCUUAAUACCCCUAAGGGAAUUACUGUUCCCUCUUAUGUGAAUGAACUCUCCUGAGCCAAGUAACUUCUGUUUAAAGUAAAAACUGUUCCUCAAGAAAAAACAGAAAAAAAGUCCAGCCUUGCUUACAUCACCUUUCACUAUCAAAUACCUUCUCUUAACAUAAGAGCUAAUAAAUUAUGAGCAAGCCAUGUGCUGGCUUCAUCAGUAAGCUAAAUACACAGAGCUUCAACUCUGCCUUUGUGAAGCAAAUUUUUCCACAUAUCCAAGGCUUUUUGCUUGAACUGUUUCUGGUUGGUCACAUUCAUUUUGAAGAGGAUGCCAGAGAGCAGACACAGCACUCCAGAAAAGGUCUUGAAGUCUGGCUCAGUACAGAUAUCCAAAACAAGUGUGUCUAUUGCUGAGGUUAUCCCAAGGGCCAAACUCCUUCUCUGGAAACCUGUAGCACAACUUCCCUGUGCUGCCCACAAGGAGCUGCUUUAGGGCCUGGGAAAUAUGAACCAUUUCUUUAAAAUUCCAUGAGGAAUCCAGGCAAAAGGUGAGGGACACAGAUUCUCUCUGGGGAUGGGAAAAAGGGAGAGACUCUGCUUUUGAGGACAUUUCUUUCUCACCAGUCCUGAUGCAGUUACCUGUUUGGGAGACAGGUUUUUAUGUGUACAUUGUCACAGCACCAAGGGAUGCAGAAUCAGGGUCAGAGCCCCACUGUGAUGGGCAUUGCAGAUCCAAAACAUAAAGCUGCUCCCCGCCCUGUGAACAAAAAAUUUCUAUCAAUUUUUUGCUGCAGACUCAGAGUGCUCAUAGGGCUUUUGUUUAUUGUUUGUCUCACUGUGGUUUAUAGUAAAAAAUAUAGUAAUGAUCAGCCUAGUUCUUCUGUAUUUUUUUCAAUCAGUGCCUUAUUUGUUUUCUUCCAACUCUCCAGCAGUGUUCACAGUAGUUCAAAGGGCUUGUAAGCUUGGACAUCAGAAAACAGGUUGUCAAGUCCAGCAAACUAAUAUGUAGUGAAAAAAUAAGAGUAGACUUUUAUUUUUUUUCCCGAAUCUUUCAAUUCCUGACCUAUAAUAGAAAGAUGUAUAAAAAUAUUGACACCAUAUGUGAAACAGUGAUGAUCAGAAGAUUUCUACAGGUAUUAAAAAUAAUGAUUUAGCACUUCAUUAGAGUUUGCUUGUCUGUCUAAUUCCCAGUGACAGCUCUGCUCACCGUACCUGGCUAGUAAUGGUGUUCAGUAAAGAAACUGGGGCUAAACUCAAUAGGAAGCAAUUGUGGAAUACUUUUACCACAGAGCAGCCUUAUGAAAGCAGAGAUUGUAUUCAUUGGUUUCACUGUGGAAAAACAGUGCUGGGUUGUGGAUGAGGAAAAAUUAAUUGAUACAUGCUGCUACUCUUCAUUUUAUUCUCUGAAUAAUAGCUGAGAUGAAUUCAAGCCAUGUCAUUCAGUUGAAUUUGUUUAGAAAGAGGGCAAGGAGUGCAGAUGGCAUCCCAUCCAAGGUUUGACUUGCAUCUCAUAAAGACAUGGGGAAGAUGUAACUGAACUUAAUUUAAUAUGGUGGAUUUUGCUUCAAUUCCCCUCUAGAAAUAAAAAUGUGAUCUACCCUUAUUUGGGAAAGAAAGGCUGUGCUGAAAAUAAUGAAGCAAGCAGUAGAGGCCAUAGUGGGAAGGUUUUGGAUCCUGAUGGUCUCUGUGCUUUAGCUCCUCUCACAACUAUAAUUUUUAUCCUGUGGGCACUCAGCUGGACUGGGAUGUGGCUGCUGUUUGUGCAGCAGAUGGGUGGUGCUGUGGCCAAAGCAUCAACACAGCAUUCAGGAAGAAUCUGUUUCUUUUUAGGCUUUGACAUGGACUUUCUCCACAAUGUUGAGCAAAUAACCUGUACAAAGAGAAAGCAGAAAGGUAGUCAGGCAAAUUCAUUCAUGUCAGUGAUUAAACUGAUUAUAGCACUUCUGCCUUAGAAACUCUAUGGGUUUGAAAAAGAUGUAAUUUUUUAAAAGAAACACAACAUCAAGAUUCUGCUCCCCCUUAUCUUGUGAUGUGAUUUUCCCCUACAUAACAAUUUAGAUUACUUUAUUCUUAGAAAAAACAAAAUUAGAUCCUUCAAGAGCAUAAAUAGCUAUUUAGAGAAGAACAAUACUAAGCAAACAACAGUAAAGGUAUGCCAUUACUGUACUUCAGAAGUGAAGCCCAUCUGCAGUCUGCUCUCUGAAUCUCACUGCACUGAGCUAGUUUGGGCACACAGACCCUCACUGAAGGACGAAGAGGUGGCAGAGGAGAAACGGGUGAAAAGAUCAGCCAAUAAAAGCCAAGAGCAAAGCUCCGUGAAACAGGUGGAAAACAAUAAGUACAAAUGUCAAGCAUGAGUCAGGGAAAUUCACCCAUUUAGUUUUCCUCAGACCAGAGAGAAUGGUUGGUUAAGUUAGUUUGUGUCGUCAGAAAGUGUGUGUGGCCUCCCCAGAAAUUGCUCUCCACACAAGAAAUUGGAAGGCCACCUCUGCCAAUCCAGAUCUUGGGACCGUUUCAUCACAUUGCAGAGAUGCACUGAAGUAUCUGCCAUCCUCCCAGGCACCAUAUGGACCAGAGCUUGUGGCUGUUCUCAUGGGAUUCAGUAAUUAUAUUGUCAUUAUUCCUCUUGUUUACUGGAGGGAAAGAUGCUAUCAAAUUUUAAAGAACCAGGUGGGAAAAGUCAUGGAAUAAAAAGAAGAGAUUGAGUGCUGAAUUACUGAAGAAUGGAAGGAAAAAUACCCCACUUUCCAAACCUGUAAAGCUUGCAGUAAAAGGAAAAAGCCACCCAAAAGCAAAACGCACAGAGGAAAUAGCAGUGACUUUGAAGUUCUAAACCUCCUCUAUGCUGUAUAAUGUUUUGACCUGUGUAUGUGUUUGUGUGUGUACACAUACAGAGAGAAAGUGAAAGAUCAUUUUUGCUCUGAAAAGCUAAAUUAUUAGAGCUUUGGAACAUUAUAGGAUGUGUUCUCUAAAGUUUGCAAUGAAUUAAGCAAGUGAGAGGAGAUUCAGGGGCUCCACCUUUCUUCUGUAAGACAACAUUGGCACCUCAAAGGACAUGAUAGCCAUGGAGAACUUGCUUUUCAUAGUCAUUAAGUACAGCUGAGGAGUGCCACCACCAUUCCUGGUGCCCUGCAGAAUACAAAAUAUACACAGCUCUCAUUAAAAGGAAUUUAAUCUAAAGGGUCAACUCAGAGACUCCAGGAACCAGUUGGGAGCAUUGGAAAGUCAGUCACAACAACACAGGACUUCUGUUUUCCAAAAAUGCCGUCCUGAUGUAGAAAUACCUGUCCAUGAUCAAAACUGACCUGGACUCUCAGGAUUGUAAAUCCCACUGACAGACACCUUAAAAACACCUCUCUAGUUUCUGCUUUUGGAAACGCUGUGCCCAAGAACAACUGAAAGCAACUCACCCUGUGAAAAGCACACUGAGGGAACCACAGACUCCUUGAAUGUCACUGGAUUUAGAAAGCAGAUCUUCUAGCCACACAGUGUCCCCAACUUCCUGCUUACAAACUGCUUCAGCAUUGACUCAGUAGGAAUAACACCAUCCACUGAAUCACCCACCCAUCUGCAACACCUGCUUCUUCCUUAGCUGUUACGCCUUCCCUGGGAUGACUCAGUUUAGCUGCUCUGAGCCUGUGAGAUGGGAGAAGACCAUACCUUAAUUCACAUGGGUUUAGGGGUAAUCAAGCCCCCUAAUAAUUACUGGCUUUUUGCAGUCUGGGAUGCAAUAAUCCCUUGUCCACUCCCUGUGACUCCACUCAGUUGGGGGCUGUUUUGUAACUUUUCCAGCCCUGCCUAUCUGGAACACUUUCCUGCCGAGACACUGACUCACUUCCUCUUUAGGAAGCUCACCCAAAAUCCUUUUCACUUUAGCUUAUAAACUAUUAUUAACUCCAUCUGUAAAGCAAAACUUUUACUCAUCAGUAGAGCUAGCUGGGAAUUUUCCAGUGAUACACACUUUUUUCUAUUGUAAGAUGUUGAUUUGUUAGAACAUAAAUCUUUUUUAGAAACACACCAGUUUUGCUUAGGCUUUCAUCAGAAAUAGUGCUUGCAUCCAACGAAGGAGAACAGCUCAGAUUAGCCAAGACACUAGUGGUUAGGUCACUGACAUAGCAAAACUGAGGUUUUUGGCAAAAGAGGGACCUAAAUCUGGCCUCCCUAUCCUACACAGUGUCAUAACAGCAAUCAUCUCUUAGGAUUAAACAAGUUCAUGGCCUCUCACUGAUGAUGUUUUAUUAAGUGACAAGUCAGUGGUACAAAAACUUGGUCCUGAUAUCUUCUCCAUUUCACAUCAGUGAAAUCCCUAGGUAACAGGCAGUUCAGGAAACUCACCUUUUUUUUUUUUUUAAAUCUUUCUCAUUUUCCUGAGAAACUUCAAAAGAUCUCAAGUUUUUCCCACCAAGAAGGAUGUUUUUAAAAUCCUGAAAGCUGUCACAAAACAGGAGAAUUACAAAAGAUUCCAGAUGACUUGGACUUACUGCUUUUCCCAACAGUAGUCCCAAACAGCAGGUCGCUCCAGUCACCUUACAAGCACACACAGGUGCAGCCAAGUUGCAGGGUUUUUUCUUAGGAGUGAUGGCAAAUUUCUUUGUGAUGUAUCUCCAGCAGAAAAUAGACCGCAUCAGUCAAAGCGUUUCCUCUGAAAUACCUGAUAUUUGUUAAAUUUCUGAUGAGUGAGGUUGUGGGUUUCUGUGGCUAAUGGACACUCCAAAUUUGUUAGAACAUAGGCACAAUUGCACAUUUAAAUUUCACUAUGGAUAACACAUAGUACAUUACCCAUGUGUCUACGUUUUUCCACGGGCUAAAGAAGCAAGUGUGUGUUUUUUUCCCCCCUCUAUUUUCACCCAUGGUUCAGGAUAAAUGUCUCUCAGAAGUAGUUUUAGAUAUGUACUUAAGAUCAAAUUCUUGUAUUUAAAUAUAUUUAGUUUAGUCUUUGAAAAUGUUCCGUUUUACAGCAAGAGGAAUGCCAUUAUCAUCUGAACUGUAUCCCUAUUUUGUAUUCUUAUAGUUUUGCUCAGUAGGAAUCAUGGGGCUAAUGGAACUACUCCCACUCACUUGUUAAUUGUAAUCUGUUACUCACCAAGUGUUGAGCUUCUGGGCAGCUCUUACAAACUAUAUCAACUAUCUUAUAACUAUGGGUUGCUCCCCAUUUAACAGCCAAGAAGUCCUGCAGCUGCUGACACUGUGGACCUACAAAAGCAAUGAUGUGCUGUCCAGCACCCAUUUGAUCAACACAACCAAACAGGGUGGUGCACAUCUUUCUGAAAAGCAAAGGCUUUUGUUGCUGUUCUGGCUGGGAUAUCCCACUAUAUGAGGACACUCUUUCAGUGCUGUUUACCUAACUGUGAGACUCCAUGGUGAGAAAGGCACUUCUUUCUUCUAAGAGAACUUCAUAAUUGAAUAUCUCAUUUCUAGGGAAAAUGCUUGUCAUCUGUUUCUAGGAAAGACAUUAUUUCAAGGAGAUUUAGCCUUGGCUGUGUCUGCUUUCCAUGCACAUGCUGUGGAUCCAUAUUUAGUGCUAGAACAAAAGGACAGUGAAGGGAAAUGUCUGUGCAAAGGAAAUUUUCGACCCAAGAGUGGAGUCUCAAGGGUUUUGACUGAAAAGGAACAGGAAAAAAAAAAUAUCCAAGCCAAUCUGCCUUUUCCACCCCCUGUGUUUGUCAGUUGCUCCCCCUCCUUUAGACUGUCAGAUUGCACUCCCAUUCUACUGUAUGGGCACAUAAAUCUUGCCAGAUAUGCUUCACUCACUUAACACCUACCUGCUGGAACUUAGAUCCAGAGAGAGGGGAGAAAAGCAACCUCAAACCCUGGCAAUUCUUAUAAAUCACAGUGUUGCUAAUCUCUUUUCAAGGGAGUCAAAUGUAAAGUCAUGUUCCUUCUUGUGAAAACAUUACUAGCCUGUGGGUGUCAACACAGCCUUCUUUUCCAAGAAAUCUGUUGCAUCCCACAGCGACUCUGGAGAAAUUGCACUCUGAUGACAGUGAAGAGAGUCUGCUAGAAAAACAUCACACGCCAAUUCCAUGCAACAGCAACCUCAACAAGCACUUGUUUUUGUAAGAUCAGCUCUCCCCAGUUUCACAAAAAGCAGAAUUGAACUUGACCAAGCUACACUUUAGGGGAGUUGUUUUCAUGACGUCGUUGUUGCGAGCUCUUUCCCCACCCCAAAAAUCACAUUUUUAGCUUCCUUAUUCAUUCUGUGCCAAGAUAUACUAUCCUAUUUCUUUACAGCUCUCAUACAGAGUAAAAAAGAACUGAAGCCACCCAGCUGCUAGCUUUAUACAUCCUUCUACACCCUGUCUUCCAGCAGUGGGACUGUCUCCUCCCCUGGGAAUACACCUCCUUAGCAGCAAGGAGGUCAGCCCACAGCAGUUAACCUUUUUUGAUAAAGGUCUUGUCUUUUCCUGAUGAAGAGAUCAUCCCUGGUCCCUCAGACCCUUACAGAAACCCAUCUACUCGUGAGACCUGAGGAAGAUCCCAAGCUACUUCCCAGAUUAGUAUCUGGAGAGUGUCCAUAGAGCACUUGCAGGGAAAGAGCCUUUUCUAGGAAGCAUUUUUAUAACUAAGUAAAGGAAAUAACACAUGCUUUAUGAAGAGAGGGCAGUCAGCAUAUCACCUAAGUCAGGUAUAUCACCUAAAGGCAGCACCCAUUAAACACUUUGUUCUAGUAUUUAAAGGGUGACUAUAAAGAAGAUGGAGACUCCAUUUUUACAAGGAAUCACAUGGAAAAGACAAGUUAGUCCUGGGGAGAUCCUGAUUAAAAGCAAGAGGAAAAUUUUUCACAGUGAGAACAGCCUUUGGAAGGAUCUCCCCAGGGAAGCAGUGAAUCCCCCAGUGCUGGACACUUUUAAGAUGCAGCUGGAGAAGGUACUGGGUCAUCUUGUCUAGACUGUGCUUUUACCAAGGGAGGUUAGACCGGAUGAUCCUUGAGGUCCUUUCCAACCUAGUAUUUUGUGAUUCUAUGAUGCUGAUUUGAAGUCACAUGGAGUGUGGGACUCCUCUAUAUUAGAAGUUCCCCACUGUCAGAACAGGAAGAUCCUUUGAAUUCAUGUGCGUGAUGAGGAGCACCAUAAAAUGACCAGAGGUCCUUUUAGUUCCUGCACUACCCAGGGUGAAUCAUUUACAAUUUGCGUAUGUUUUGAUUUUAUGUAUUCAUUUAUUUGGGUACAGAGAAAAGUUCAUAUACCCAUCUGUCUGUGUUGUAGCGUCUAGAGCUUAGACCACAACUUUGCCUUGGCCGUGUUUCUGCCCAAAAUAGUGACUCGGCUUGUGACAAGUUCAUAUGAAGUCAUGGGGCUGUCUGAGGAGGCCUCAGCUCUAGACAGAACUUGUCCAUUCCCAUCCUCCCGCUUCCCUCUCUGCAGUUAUCCCAAUGCCAGGGUGAAGUCAAGGCACCGCCUUUUCAGGCUGCCCUGGAAAAGCAACAGCACAUACCAGUCUGUGUCUGUCAGCCUGUGCAUGCACACCUUAGGCAUGAACAGGCAAAGCUUCAGCCCCACAGCCCUUCAGGGGCGCAUUCACUGGCUGACAGAUGUGCGUGUAACCCUGAGAUACUUCAUUACAGGAGGGUUUGUUAAAAAACAAACAAACUUCGAGCUACCAAAAAAAAAAAAUUGUUCAAAUGCAGCUAUUCACAUGGAAAUAAGUGCCUGCUCAAGUGGACGAGAGGAAACAACAAAACAACAAGCUGGUUCCACUUCACAUGUUGUUCUUCAUCUUCAUUUCCCAAAGAGCAGGAGAAAGGGGUCAUCUCCUCUUUCAGAAGUUCACCCUCUCACUUCAUUAAGCAGAGGGGAGGUCUGGGGAGCUGCUGCUGUUUCUGAUUCCCUCUGUGCCUCCCUCCCAGGUUGCAGCCUGCACUCCCAAGAUUCAGGACAAAUCAGCCCAAGAGGCGGCUGUGCAAAGUGGGUUGGGGCAGAAACCCCACCAGGGACCCCACCAGAGUCCCCACCUCACAUCACCAGCCAGGCCCACUCUCUGGUCUCAUCUCACUGCAUAUCUGUCCUCUCCCAAAUCUCUUUCUUCUGGGAUGAUCUCGAAGUCUGGGAAAACAUGAAAAAAUCUUUUCAAAACCUGUCAGCAAUAGGGCAGGAAAAGGAACAGAAGAAAAAGUCACUGAAAACAAAUGAACCAAGAGACAAAAAGAAGAACAUACAUGUUUUAGAAUUACUAUCUGAAAGAUUUGGAAGGGAAAAAAGAAUAAUUUUUCUAUGAAUUUUUUCCUAAUAAAAUUUUCUAGCAAAUUAUGACCCCAAUAAGAGCAUUGGCAAGCUGGCAUCUGUUUUGUUCUGGUUCAUUAAUCCAUUAUGAGAGGUGACAGCCCAUAUAAUGAUUUCUUGGCAAGGCAAAGAGGCAGUUCUUUGGGUAAAUCAUAACUCCACUGGCAUCACAUGGUACUGUGACAAUUUACACCACACAAGGGCCUAUUCCACUAUCUGAAUUCCCUCGCCCGGUUUGUAUCCUGGCCAGCUUGACUUUUAUGGUUAAACAUCCCUGUCAUUUAUUAUUCACACUGUGGCAGAAACUUGAAGUCACAAUCAGGACGCUGUUUGCACGGGGUUGGAUGCUGUGACAACAUAUGCAACACCAUUCCAAAGAGCUUUCAUUCUUACUCUGCUGUUAUCUGACACAUCCCCACCCUGAGUCCCUCCAAACAGAUUUUCACCAAGUGCUUAAAUGGCUGAACUUUGGCCAAGAAGGCACCAUGGAAUUACUCACAGUGGCAGCCUAGAUGAAAUGUAAGCAUCACCAAUUCAUCCAAUUAUUUUUCAAUAGAAGCUGGGGCCAGAAGGGACUUUGUACAUCAUUACUCUUGAUAUUCCAGACAUUCUUGUUUGGAGUUUGGUUCUGCAGAAAGAAAUAAUAGUUUGUUUCAUUGACAGCGGAGGACAAGUAAAAAUUAGCAGAUUUUAUGGGACAUAAAAAAGUCCAUUAGAAAAUGAUGUUUAGAGAGAGACGUUUUUCAUCGUGCAACACAAUUCUUUACCAUGUUUCAAAAUAAAAUAUUGAUGAAAAACAUAUGACUAUGCUUACCAAAUAUUAUUUUUGAGUAAUCUAUAAAUUUAGAGAGAUUAUAAGAGAAUAAUAAAGGAAUGUGAUGGAUAAAAGGAGGGUAAAAGUGAUGGUAGUUUAAAAUACACCUUUUUUUUUUGACUCUGUGCACUGAAGAAGCUAAUAGUGGCUUCCCAAAAGUUGGUUUUGGUAGUGAUUCACUUCCAUCCUUGAGUUCACUCAUAGCUCCUGUAAAACUGAACUUCAGACCAAAUUCAAACCAUAAAUAUGGGCGCCUCAGGAAGCCUGGAUUGCUUGAGAUAUGAAUCCAGAUCUCGGUUCUGCAUAUCAGCCAGGACAGAAGUCUAGGUCUGAAUGCCCUUCCAAUACCAUGGCUCUGCUUGUGGGUUCCCAUAUUCUCAGCUGGUGCUUCUCUCCACUGGAAAGGCAAUUACUAUCCAGGUAACAAGCAGGGACAAUUUCUUUAAAAAUACUUACAAAAAAAUGACAGUUGAACAAUUUAAACUGUUUCCCAAAUGCAUAUGGAAUCAGCCUGGAAGAGACUCUAUAAACAGAACUACCCAUGAAUCAAAAAUCUCUUUAAGUUUUUCUUGCAACUUGAGUUAAAUUUCUGGGUUAUUCAAAUUUAUGUGAAAUUGAGAUAAACCUCCAAGAUUCAGUCACUUUUAAUAGCAUGAGAUACAGACUUCUCAAAUCUGCUGUGAAAACUGAAACCUGGGCCAGCUUUUCAUCCACAAGCCACACUUAACAUCAGUAAAAAAGACAUCACUCUCUCUCUCACUUCCUAUGCAGUUUAAGAAAAAAAAAAAAAAAAUGGCAAAAUAGGAAUAUACAGGACAGAUUAAAAAAAUUAUUUCUGAAAAACACAGUCCUUUCUCAUUCUGGCACUUCCACUCCUAUCAGAUGUUUUGUUUCAUACAGUUCACCAGCUUCUGUGCAUCCCCAAAUCUGCAUGGGAGAUACUCAGGCUCUUUGCAAGCUGGGCAAACCUCAGAGGUGACCCAGAAACCCGCUCAGCAAAGCACUUGCCUGCACCCGUCAGAGGCUGAGCACAGCUGAAUUGGCACCUUAACCCAUACCAAGCCACUGCUGCCAACUCCAGGCAGGAUUUUUCUAACUCCUUGUUCCAAAGGAAAAAAAGAAAUGAUUCUCUCCAGCCAAAAUCCCCUCCUGGCCUGCAAAUAUGUUCAGGCACACACCUCUGUGUUGUAAAUGAAAUAUCUGGCGUACUGCAAAACCGUGCUGAAGGAGCCAACUGGAACCGAGCAGAGCCAGCGCUGGGAGAAGGUGUUUGAGCUGUUGAAUUUAGUGACUCCUCGUAUGUCACAUCCUAGGCAGCAUUACACAUCUCACUUUAAUAGUCAUGGUGGUGGGUAUGAAUUUACCACCUGGUCUUUUCAGACCCGAUAAUGGGCAUUUUGAGGGGCACUUCUUGGGUUGCCUUAUGUGGAAGACAUCUAUCUGUCAUCCUGCCUGCAAAGGAAAGCAAAGCUCUUGUGCCAUCCACUGACUCCAACAGUAAAAGUUACAAGGAACUCAAGGUGUCCUGUUUAGUUCCAGUUACACGAUUAGGUGGCCAGACCACAUCUUUUCAAGUCCAGGCCAAAGCGAGCCUUUGAAAUCACUAAGGAACACCAGUCAGAAGACUCCAACUUACACAUGCACUUGGAUACACAAAGCAUUUCUGAAGGGGUUGGUAUGAACUGUUUAAAAUUUGAUAAUAUAGUUUUUAUGCUUUCUAGAUUUCGGUGCUUUUUAAGGGAUCACAUUAGUAAGAGAGAGAAAAAGGAAAAAAAAUGAAAAUUUAGAAGGGAUUUUGCAUGUUCCUUAAUGAACCGGGAGGGUGACUGGACACCAUUCCAUGUGAGGCAAUGAAAAGACCAAAGCAUGAAAUCAUAAACUUUCAUCCUAAGAGUAAGUUGGUACUGAGGACUGUCUGAGUCAGUGCCAACAGUCUGAUUUCUGAUCUUUGGCAUACACGCAUUUACGUUUAUUCCAAUGAGGUAUCAUGAAGUAAUAACAAAGCAAUGAGGUAAUCCUGAAAUAAUGAAGAAAACCUAAAUUUUCCCAGAUAGCAGUGGUAAAGUAUCUAGCAGUCCUGAAAUGCUCUGCAAGGUUUGCAAAGCACUGUAUCCAACAUUUACUGGGCAGAGCUCAUUAUAUUACCAUAAUUUUCCUCCAAAUUUUAUUCUCUUAAGAAGUCAACAAAGAAAAGCAGAAACAAAGCCUGGAUGAUUCCUGAGGAAUCGUGGGUCUAUUAUUUUCCCAAGGGCAUGACACUCUACACCCAACAGACGUCUGUCUGAUCUGGUAUCAAAAAUCCCCAGCAAAAAAGAAUCUAUUAAGCUUUUGCUGAACUCAGCACGUGGUAAUUCAAAUUAAAUUCAUAAAGGUGAAGAGCAUCUGUAAGGUCCUGCGUGGCUGGAAGAACAAACUGUGGGAGGCAACACCUGACCAUGUAAGACAGUAGAGUCUUUCCUAGGAACAAUCCAUACUUGCAGUUGAGACCAGAUACUCCUUCUACUGUAUUGUGAAAAAGCAGUUCUUCUCCUCUUACAAACCUGAGCAUGAAACAUAAAAAAAAAAUGUUUUUAAGAGGGAAGAAAAGGGAACAUAACAUCAGCUUGGGAAAGUGUAGCCACCCUCUAUACAAAAGAACAGGCUUCCCUGGGACACCUUUAGCAGCAGUCUAACUUCACUAAUUUUCCAUGUGUGCCCAGCAGGUGAAUGCAACUUCCACACAUUCCAACAUCCAUGCAUCUUCCCAUCUUCCAUAUAUUAAAGUGCAGCAGGUCCUUUGCCACCCAUGUCCACCUUCCCAGGGGUCAGUUCUUCCAGUGUUCAGUGUGUGUAGGAAGCUUGCAUGGGCUUGCCAAUGCUUAGGAAGAAACUCUUCAUCCCAGAAGGUUUCUGAACCCCCCUGCAGUCCACUGGGGUCUCACUUGUGGCUGUGCUGAUCUCCCAGUUGCAGCCUGCUGCAGUUUGCCUGUGCGAGGUCUCUGUGUUCAGGCUUUCCCUUCAUUCACCAGCAAGGGGAGCAGAGGACACAUUUCUCCUUGGAGCUCCUGGCUGCAAGAUUUACAGUUUGGGAUCUGUCUGGGAUUUUUUCCUCAUUUGGCAGACAGGUCCUUUGACACCUUAGGUGCUGUGCUGUCAAUUAAGUCCACAAGGCUAAUCCCACUGUGAUUAAUUUUACUUGAUUCCGAGUAUGGAGAGGCUUUGGUGGAGCAGCAUUCUCAGGAGAAAGCACCAGUGCUUUCCUGAUAUCCUCAAGCAACUAUUGGCACAUUGUAUGGCAGACUGCAGGCCCAGCAGGCAUCGUCCUGUUACUCCAUGAAUUUUUGGACUGCAGUGUUGAGGGACAGUGAGGGACGGCUGUUCCUUCGGGAAGAGGAGCCAGGAGCCCAGACUCAUAACAAGGCAACAAUGCAUCAGCUCCAGGGCUUACUGGAUUCAUUGAGCAGUUCCCUGGCCAGGCAGAAAAAAUAACUUAUUAAAAGGAAAGAAAAGAGUAGUUGUUUCCUGACUGAAGGAGCUGAGUUAACUCAUGGCAGCGGCUGAGGAGAAGAAAGGAAGGGUCAGGACCAUGCAAACAGGAGUGGGGACAAGGUAUGGCAUGAGUAGAGGAGGAGGGAAAAGGAUGCAAGACGGGGUUCUUGAAGGUGGCAAAUCAUAAUACUGGCUCACCUGCUGUAGGUGAGCACAUGGAUCACCUGUAGGUGCUGUGCAGCAGGAGAAAAUCUGGAUAUGGGAACCGGAGCUGCACAUCCUGCCCUGUUUACCACUGCAUAACAGCAAGAGAUCUCUCCUCUCUGAAGCAUUUUUGAGCUUACAGCUAGAUAAAAGCAGCCCUACGCAUUUUCUUUCCCUUUUUACCUACAGAUGGGAGUAAAGAGCCUUGUACCUCUCAAGCUCUGAAUCACUGGGCUUACGAUAAAUAUAUCCACUUUAAGAAAAUGCAAGACAUAGGAAGUGUUCACAACAGUCAUGAAGAAUAGAUUAUCACAUCAAACAGUCUUGGCAAUGUUUAUCAUUUUCCAUGCAUUUAUACAUUUCAUGUGGUGCAGCUUACUUACAUUGCAACCCAGAAAAAAUGAGUUGGCCCAGCUUGGAAAGAAUUUCACAUUCUUCAAGGUAUUUUUCUAGACUCACCAAGCUUAUUUUUUGUUUUGCAUUAAAAUUCUACAAGUAGCACUAACAAGAACUAACCCCAUACCAGCCAUUUCAGACACGGCAAUGUGGUAUUUAGUAGUUUAAUAUUGUGAUCUUAAACUUGUAACUUGGGUCAACUCACCCUAGCAUACUUUCCUUGGAGCAACCUUCUAUAAGCAUCUUUGGGAAUUGCAUAAAUGCUGUGCAUGAAUAUUGUCCUUAAUUUUGUGUUUUCUAUACAAUUUUUUAAAAGCUAUAAAUAAAUAAUAAUUUUACCUGUUUAAGCAUAAUAUAAAACUGAAAUGUAUAUUUAAAAAAUCAUCUGCAGCAAAAUACUCAAGAGGAUGAAAAAUGUCAACAUAUAUAUAAAUAUAUAUAUAUAUAUAUAUAAAUGAGAUAAUGUUUUCAGCUUAAUCUUUUUUUAAAUGAAGCUGUUUUGGUAUGAGAGUACAGGUAGAGGCUUGAUACUCUUCCAGGCAGGUUAAUGUUAUAGGUUUUAUGCCAGAGAAGUUGUGGAUACCCCAUCCCUGGCAAUGGGGUUGGAACUGGAUGAUAUUUAAGGUCCCUUCCAACCCAAACCAUCCUAUCAUUCUAUGAUACAUAACUGACAAAAUAUUCCUUUCAAAAGGAAAUUAAAUAAAAAGUAUUUUAUUUUUCUCCCUAGCACAGUUGCUUUAUUUUAUCCAAAGCUCAUUAUGAUGAAGACUAAAUGCUUUUGUCUGAUCACUUGGUCAUGUUUGCAGAGAAAUCUGGAUCCUGUCCCUGCCAGGUGAGUUUCAGGACCUGAAAUCAGAGCUAGAGACCAGUUGUGCUGUGGGCAGGUCACUGCCUCACACCACUUUUCCAGAACAGCAGGUAAGUAACUCCAGAGAUGCAGCACACAUGGACACCUGGCUUCAUCCACAGAUGACUUUCUUUGCAGCUUCCCUCCCCUCCUCUUUUUCCUCCUCUCCCAAGCCUCGAUGGAGAAGAAUUUCUGUGCCAAGAAUGCUCCCAUUGUUUCCCCCAUAGCACAGUGAGUGCAGCACAAUCCGUUUCCAUGAUUUGGUUCAGGAAGAGCAUCAAGCAGAGUCUUGAAGAGCUCCAUAUGUUUAGCCUGUCAAAGAGAAGAUAGAAUAUUCUUUUAUUGUAAGUACCUUAUGUACUCUUACCAAGCAGAAGCCAAACAUGAAUCAAUAUCUGGGAGUUAAAUCUGGAGAAAUUCAAGUGAGAAAUAAAGACCAAUGUUCUAAGAUCAUAAUUAAUUAUUUGCACAAAUUAGCACAUUAAGAGGUGAAUCCUUUAUCUCAAGCCCAGGUGCCUUUCUGGAACAGAUACUUUAGGCAAAUACAAGAUGCUGAACACAGGUUAAGGGUAGUUGGGUGAAAUUUUCUGGAGGUCAGACCACUAGUUUACUUGACUCAGAAGUACAUAUAUCUAAUAAUCACCUGGUUUUAAAUAAAGUAUAUUUAACUUGAACAAAAAGGAUUCAAAGCAUUUUAGAAGAUACUAAGAAAGUCAGUCUGUAGUUUAUACCAUUCAAAUCUGGAAAGCCACAAGAAAAGAUGAUCAUAUUCUCUUCACCAUGGAAACAUGGAUACACUGAAGAAAUCAAAAUGUUGGUUACUGUGCGAUAGAAGACAAAAUGGGACACGAGGGCUGUGAAUUGAGUGGUUAAAACUGAAUAAACUUUUAAAGACCAAAGGACUCAGCUUGUAAAAUGCAUCCUGUAAUUGCAAUGGGAGAAAAGCAGCUAAAGACACGUUUCUUGGGAAAGAUAGUGGUAAACCCCAAGGACCACACUCAGAAAGCCCAGCAUGCAACAGCAAGUUGAGGAGGAAGGUUGAAAGGUAGAAUGGCAAGAUGGAAGAGGUAAAAAUAAAGAUCAAAUAGUUGAGUCAGUGGUUAUUACCUUAAAAAAUUCAUGCCAUUUCACAAUUAUGAACUGAUUUUAAUAUCAUUCACUUCUCUUGUGACAGUGGAAGGACAACAGUGUGAGAUUGUUGCUGACCAUUUUUCAAUUUAGCAAUGUUUUCUGUUGCUAAGACACAGAUGUGAUUCUUCUGAUUGCCUGAACAUGAUUACCAGUGAGUUUUCUAUUAGAAAUAGAUGUGUGAAGUGAGUAUUUCACUGUGGAUACAGAAAUCAAUGUCACAAACAUCAGGAGCUAUAUAUAGAGAAGGACAGCUAUAAAUUCAGAGCCUCUUGGAUACAAUUUCUUCUCUCCCUGGGGUAAAUCAGGAAUAAGUUGGAGUAAGUAAGGGACAAUGCCUUUUUUACUUUCAGCAGCUUCUGGGAGGGCUUCCCAAAGACAUGGGCCACGACAGCCUGUCACUGAGGGACAACAUGGUUUAGGUAUGUACUUUCAGCUAGUUCCUCCUUCUUUGCCUCUCUUUUUCUUGUGAGAAAAAGCACCUUUUUGGUUUUUUGUUUUUUGUUUUGGGUUUUGUUUGUUUGUUUGUUUGUUUGUUUGUUUUCUCAAAGCAACCACAGAGAAUGGCCAAUAUUGAGGGUUGUUUCACUUGGGAAAAGAAGCUAGUGCUGGACCUGGGUGCUUAGUGCAAGACUGAUCACUGAAAAAGGAUGUCAGGAGCCCUAUUUUCCUGAACUCAGCAUGGGCAGACAAUAGGACGCAGUUUCCAUUUCAAGAUUCUUUUCAGCCAACACAAUCCAUAACCGAACUUCUUUUUUUCUCUUGGUCUCUCUUUCUCUCUCCACAGCUCUAUCUUAACAGCAGAUGACAAGUAAUUUUGUGGUGUGUCCUCAUUUUCCAUCUCUCUGUAUUUCUUUUCCUGCAGACUGGGCACGCACACUCAGCUGGUGUUAAUUCAGCCCCUCAGUCUUUUUGUUCUCUGUUCUCAUUCAGGCCACCAUAUAGAUGGUUUCUCCCAUCAGGAACAAAGAGGACGUUAAUUUGCCCACUGUUUUGCUGACUCAAAGGUAUUAUGUUCCCCAGAUUCCAAGCAGAGAUGUGAGUGCACAUGGAUCAAAGACAAGAUGUGCUGAGGGCCAUUCCCUCAUCAAGGUAACAGCCCCUGAGCCAUAACUUCCUCAGCCUCUCCUCUUGACUUCUGGCUCGUGCAAUGACCAACCACUGAGGACAAGGUUAUUUCCUAACACAGAUGAGUUCCAAGCCAAACACUUUGCAUCCUGAAAGCUGUGCCAUACAAGUUCUGUCCACUUGAGAUGCAACUGGCUAAGUUGCUUAUUACUUAUUUUCCAGGUUGGCUUACAAGUAGAUUGCUGCCUCUCAAACUGAAUCUCCACAUUGUGAAGAACCUCCUAAAUCAACCCUGUGAUAGAGAAGUGUAUAAAACUGAACUGUGCAAAUGCAGGUUUUUAAAAAUCAGGUCAGAGAAACCCUGUCUAUGAAGAGGGUCAAACAGUAGGAAGAAGAGAGAACAGAAAAGAGGAAAAAAAAAAGCAUGGUUGUCUUUCCUGUUCUCAUUUAGCCUGAAUAAGAAAUUAAAGAGGGGAGGAGGGAGGGAAGAGGAAAGGCAGAACUAGAAUAAAACUAUUUCAGGAUCUUUUAUGGGUGCCAAUCUUUAUUAUUUACAUAUAAAACCUGACUGGACAAAGCACUAAAAAUACACUGUAUCUCAUUGGGAACAAUCCUAUACCUGCAGGGAAAUGUAGCAGUUGACAUAAAUGGCCUUUUUCUAUCAUUAGCCUCUGUGAUUCCAUACCCAUUUCAUCCGCAGCGUGUAUGCUUCUGACAAGUCUCUCUGCAAUAAUAGUUCCAGAAAUACAAUCCAGUGCAGCACUCAUUCUCUGCACUACUGAGGAACUGGUGCUUUUUAGUGCUUGUCAUAUUGGUGUGGACAUUGAUGACAGAGGUCCCAGUGCUCCUCUCUAUUCCAUUAGUUUUAUAUCAGCAUAAUUCAUGCAGGGAAAAAUGUAUAAGCAGAACAUCUCACACAGGUUUUGGGGUGAUUUCUACAGAAAGAACAGGUGAUGCAGUGUGCUACAAAACUCCUGGAGAAGAUGAGCACUGUUAUCUGCCAUUGAUAUACGUACUAAUUACCUGUCAGCCAUUAAGCAACUGCCUUGACUUUUCCACUUUCUUCCAGUCCUCUGGGUCUAGAGUUACCUACCUUCGUUAUAUUGAAGUUGUCCUGUCAGUCUUGCGGCAAAAACUAUUUUUACAGGGCAAAUUCCCCUGACCUGAUAACAACAGGGGAAUCGUCAUUACCAAAAGUAGGAGGCAUAUGAAGAGUUUCAGUUAACACCAGAAUACCCUUAUAGCACUCUCUGAGAAGGCCACACAGGGCACCUACUGUAGGUUUUGUACACCAUCCAGCACUGAAAUACCAUGUGCUGUCUUUCCCUUUUGAGGUCACCACUUAGCAGGAGACUCCAGCUCAUGGAGGUAUGUGGGUACUGUAACUGAAGGCAAAAUACCUAGGAACUUUGUUCAAGCAGGUUUUUUUUUGUUUCAGGCUUUUCCCACUGAGAUUAUCUGAAGAUCAGUCUCUGAUGUGACUUUUUGGUUUCUCUGUAUUGUUAAAGAGCUGACCUGGCAUGGCAUGCAGGUCUAUACUACACAAAUGUUAUCUAGGUUAACAUUCUCCUCCCCGUAUUCAGCUUCUCAUUGCAGGCUUUUGGCUUUGUUGUUUUGUGCAGACAGUCCUCAGGGAGAGGGAGACCUUUGGGCUUGGCUGGCCCACAUUUCUUACUGCAGGUGCUCUUGCAGCACCUUGUGAAGUCCAAAGGUCAAUCUAAACCCAGAGGGUGGUUGGGCACUAGAACAGGCUCCCCAGGGCAGUGGUCACAGCACCAAGCCUAACAGAGUCCAAGAAGUGUUUGGAUGAUACUCUCAGAGGCACAGGGUAUGAUUCUUGGGGAUGGUCCUGUGCAGGGCUAAGUGUUGGACUCGAUGAUCCUUGUGGGUCCCUUCCAACUCAGCAUGUUCUAUGAUUCUGUAAAUCCAAAUGAUGGCCUUAGAAAUACUUCUAAUUCCAAGCCAAGACCAUUUCAGCUCAAAGAAGAGAUGUGUUCUAUACACAGGUUGCCCAAGAGUUUGUUCAGCCUCAGCUGAGGGAAACCUCAACUGGGAAAAGGUAACUGCUAUGUCAGAGUUGGAGUAGGUUGCCCUCAACACAUUAAUCAUGAACUGACUUUGGUUGUUUCUGACCCAGUUGUAUCAGUUAAAUAAGAAAAUGAAGAGUACCUCCUUAUGAAACAGCACAUUUCCUACCCCUGUUUCUAGUCUGGAAAUUUUAAUAUUCAUCCUGACUGAUGAUUAUUAGAGCACUACGUGCGUGGAUGGGUGUAUUAAAUGCCUGACUCUUCCUCCACUUGCAUUUUGGAUUCCAGGCACCCGUCGUGCUAUGGCUUAACAGCAGGAGCAGCAGCCAAGGCAGCUUGUGCAAAAGCCCUGAAAUGCCAUGUUUUACAAGCUGAAAUAUGAAGUGAUAACUUCAGGAAGUUUGUUCAUACUUUGGAUAAGUGACUGAGGGAGGAAGCAAGUGCAUGGUUUCAGAACGAGUGAAUUAUUUAAGCCAGCAGCCCAGAAGCGCAAAGGAGGGAUGUCAGGCCUCUGGAAGAAGCUGAACUGGACUGUAUUCCCUCAUCAUCAUCAACAACAGCGUGGGUGUUCUGAAUGCUACCAAGUCCUGGGUUUUGACACGAAAUUUUACAUCACCAUGAAAAAAACAUCUGUUCAAAUUUGUCUUCACCAACACUUCUGUAAUUUAGCAACUUGCCAGUUGCAUAAUAAAAUCAAACUGGGCACGUUGCCUUA